AUGCAAAAAGUACACACCGGACGUCACUCGCACGACCCCGGGGGUUCUCCCAAAGCUAAACUCGGAUUAAUUGUCCAGUGUGGUGGCGAUGGGCAGGAACACGGUCCAGUAUUUCUGAUGGAACCACCCCCACGUCUGGUCUUCUCUAACAGCACUGGCGCCAGGAUCUCGUGUGCGGCUCACGGGUUUCCACCACCACAGAUCGCCUGGCAGCUACCUGAUGGAACGCAUCUUGAUGAUGCACCAGGAUUAAGGUAA